AUGGACGGAGCAGUAGCUUGGAUUCUGAUGGCAUCAGCACUGACAGUGUUGGCCUCAUGCCACAAAGUCUGCUUCAUUGGAUCUGAGUACAACCCCCAAGCUGGUAUCCCACCCCGUUGGUUCCUGCCGUACAAAGAUCCAUGCGAAUGCACCGCUGUACGUCUCGGUGGCGUGAAUGUUCCUGCCUCGUCAUACCGCCAGGGGGCGCCCCACUACCUAAAGGAGCUCUUCCUGAGUGAGGACUCCGACGAAAUUCAAGCUUACUUCAAGUGCAGUCGGGCGACUGCUGCUAGUGGAACGACUACUGCCACAAACGCUGAGUGUCCGAAUCCACAGCCUCUUGGUAUGGAAGACGGGUCAAUACCCAAUGAUCACAUCACGGCGUCCAGUGCUCGUGAAUGUUGCCCUACCCAGAAUGGACGGCUGAACAGUGGCGAUGUAUGGAAACCAUCGAGAAAUGAAGGUUCCUGGAUCGAGGUGGACCUGGCCAACAGUAGUGUGGUGUCUGGCGUUAUCACAAAAAGCUGGGUGAACGGGCAGCACACUGGAUAUGUAAAGAAGUAUAAAGUGGCAUUUUGGAAGCAGUCCACAUCCGAUUCCACAUAUGUGACAGAUGCAAACGGAAACGCCGAGGUGUUCACGGGUAACACUGAUCCCUACAACCCGGUCACUAACAUGUUUGAUGAGAGUGUGGUGGCGACCAUAGUGCGCAUUGAGCCUACCGAAUGGCAUGAAUGGGUCCGUCUGCAAUUUGAGUUGCUUGGAUGUCGCCGUGAUUGAUUGGGCUGAAUCAGUGGUAUUUUG